AUGGAGCCUGUUCAGACAGGAUGGGAAGCACUCAGUACCGCCUCGAGUCGAAGAUGUCCUAAACUUUUCUAUAAAUUCGCAGCCGAUGAAGAAGGAUAUGAGCUUCAGAUUACCGACAUUACUGCGUUGUGGGCAGCAAAGUUUACAGCAGAGGAGAUCUGCGAUUAUGCUAGAAAUUCGAGGGCAAGUAUAGAUCCGUCAGAGUCUACUUCUCAGCUCAAAGUUUUGUAUGAAAAGCUUGCAGAAAGCCUCCGUUCCGGACCAAACAUACUAAAGCAAGACGAAAAGACAGAAUGUGAAGCAAUCUUCCUGCAAACAAUUCUUGACCUACCAAGACCCCUCCAGCCACUCAGGUGGGAGUUCUACCUCGAAUCAAAGGGAGCUCUCGACCUCGCUGAGAGCAUUCUUAAACCUUGCCUUCACCAGGCUUCAUUGGGGCUUAAGAAGAUCGACUCACUGAUCGAUGUUAUAGCGGCCAAGGAUCGCGCACUGGCUCGGCUUCUGGAAAAGAUUGAAAACUCUUCUAUAGACUUGACGUUAAUCUUUCCUGGUAUUACUGGCGUUAGAGCCCGCAAAGGACAGGUGACUCUCAAGGAUGCUCAGAAACAUGUGCCAGGACUUGCUGAAUUCAAGCGGGACCAUUGGUCGACUCUUUUUGAUGCUGAUAGUCCUUACUCAGAUUUUGAGUCAUCAGGUCUAUCCAAGCUCGUAGCGGGAAACGAAAAGUGCCCCAAGCAUACUCCUGAACAACAUCAAAAGUGGUAUCGAAAGCUUCCCAAAGCGUCUGCCACCAUCAGUCAGGUAGCACAGGCGUCCUGGCUCCGAUCCUCCAGCCCUGUCAAGCAGGACAGCGAAGACGAAUUCGAGACUCAGAAGAAGCGAGCUCCGGGUGCAACGCCGGGACGAGUGGUCAACAUUCCGGCAGAGAGCGACCACGAACAGGAAAGACCCUCGAAGAGAAUUAAGACUACUCUAUCCAAACCACCACCACGUUUGAAUGGACGCUCUACACAGUUAUUGGCAAGAUCUAGUUCACCGAACCUGCCAUCCUCACCUCCACCUGUCCCACAUUUCGAGACCAAGCCAUCAGUUGAUUCAGACGGUACCGAGACAGAGUCAGAACCCGAUCUUGAUGCGAUACCAAAGCGUAAAGAACGGUCGGGCGCAUUAGGCAAAAGAAUGAAUCCACCGCCUCGACCUAAAGUUGCACGCCAAGCAACAAAAAGCUCAACACUAUCUUCUUCACCACCGCCUCUGAGACCUGAAGCCUCCAUCAUGUCUUCGUCGCCACCGUUGCAACCCCCUGCUCACGAACCAAAAAAUGCAGACACCGAAGAUGAUUUCGAGGCAAUUUCUGCUCUCCGCAGUCCCAAAACUCCUCGGAAAGAGGAUAGGCUCGUCUCUUCUCCUCAGAAGACCGAUUCGGCAACCCCAACACCAAGUAAGGACAAGAAGGAGGAUCGUACGAGCAAACUACCAAGCACACAAACUACACCAUCCCGACACCGGUUAGGCAGGCUAGGCAGCCGCAAUAGUAAUGAACCUGCAAGCACACAAACUACUCCGUCGCGUCAUCGCCUAGGUCGACUGGGUAGUCGUCUAUCACAGAUGCAAUCUCAACGCUCGCAAGCUCAAGAACCACAGGCAGAGGAUGACAGAAUGGAUCUUGAUAUCAUUGAUGAGAGCAAAGAUAAAGAGGAAGACUAUCAGAGCGACGCAUCAACAGCUUCCACGGCAUCUCCACCAGCGAGUCCGACACCAAAAAAAGUUCGUGAUGUGCCAACCAGUCAGGCCGCGUCACAACAUGCAAAAAAUUAUGAAACCGAUUCACAGAACGCGAAGUCUCAGAUACAACCAGAACCUGAAGUUCCGGAGACAAACGAAGAAAAGCUUGCACGACGAAGGGAGGAGUUGAAGAACUUGCAGACUGGCAGGUCUGGAGUGGCAGGCGGUACAUCUGGUGUAAGGAAGAAGCGGAAGUUCUGA